AUGGCAACAACUGCGGCUUCGUCUCUCGACGACAUUACAAACCAUGACUUACGCCACUGGGUGAAUCUCAUAAAACAGAUCCGAGCCGCCGUCGACGCAGCCAUUGUAAAAGAACGAGCCCAAGGCAUCGACAUAUCCCAACAGGUCCUAAACGACUACCCCUUCAUCAAAACCCCCGCAUCCCAAGAAUCAAUCCAACAGCAAGAAUCAACCCUCCAAACGACACUCCCAGAAGACUACAAGCAGUUCCUUCACGUCACGAACGGCACCGGAUUCUCAGGCAUCAGCUGGAUCCCAUCACUGCGCGGCGUGGAGCAGCUGCAGUGGACGCAAGCGGCCGACGAAGGAUUGGGAUUGCUGCGGCUGGACACUUUCCCGCCAAAUGUGACGUCUCUUGAGGAGACGACAUCGUUGACGAGCGAGGAGUUUGACGAGUCGCCUCCGCUGGAGCGAAUCCUGAUGAUUGGCGAUGAAGAUGAGGAGACGGUUGUGCUUUUGCUGGAGCCCGAGUAUGUGAGGAAAUGUUGGGUUUGGCUGGCGGGGAAGAGGGGGAUGGAGGUUGGGGAUGCGCCAGGGCAGUGGCUCUUGAUCUCGUUUACGCCGUGGAUGGCGACAGUCGAAGUGCAUCCUUCUUUUGAAGAAUAUAUGCGAAGCAGAAUCAAGUCUGUUGAGGCAUAG